UUCUGAUUAUCGUUCUGUUUCUUUCCAGAAAACACUCUUUUUAGAGCAUCUCCAGGUGCCCUCAGAAAUGUCUUCCUUAAGCGGCAAGGUCCAAACUGUCCUGGGACUGCUGGAGCCAAGCAAACUGGGCCGCACCCUGACGCACGAACAUUUGACAAUGACCUUUGACUGCUGUUACGACCCACCUCCUCCGUCUCACGACGCUGUCUCUAAGGAGCCCAUUAUGAUGAAAAAUUUGUUUUGGAUUCAGAAGAACCCUUACUCCCAUAGAGAGAACCUUCAGUUGAAUCAAGAGAAGGAAGCAAUCAAGGAAGAGCUGCUGUAUUUUAAAGCCAAAGGUGGAGGGGCUUUGGUGGAAAACACGACCACCGGGAUUAGCCGGGACGUGCUGACCUUGAAGUGGCUCGCAGAAGAGACCGGUGUCCACAUCAUAGCCGGCGCUGGCUUUUACGUGGAUGCCACUCACUCUCCAGAGACCAGAGCCAUGUCAGUGGAGCAGCUUACUGACGUCCUCAUUAAUGAAGUUCUCCAUGGAGCUGAUGGAACCAGUGUCAAGUGUGGCGUCAUUGGAGAAAUUGGUUGCUCCUGGCCUCUGGCUGAGAGCGAAAGAAAAGUUCUUCAGGCAGCAGCUCAUGCCCAGGCCCAGCUUGGCUGUCCUGUUAUCAUUCAUCCUGGAAGGAAUCCAAGUGCACCCUUUCAGAUUAUCCGAAUAUUGCAAGAAGCAGGUAUGGACAUCUCCAAGACAGUUAUGUCGCACCUUGAUAGGACUAUACUUAAUAAGAAAGAACUACUGGAGUUUGCUCAACUUGGCUGUUACUUGGAAUAUGAUCUCUUUGGUACUGAACUCUUUCAUUACCAAUUGAACCCAGAUAUUGACAUGCCCGAUGAUAAUAAAAGAAUUAGAAGGGUACGUCUCCUGGUGGAUGAAGGCUAUGAAGACCGGAUUCUGAUGGCCCAUGACAUACACACAAAGCACCGGCUGAUGAAAUACGGAGGCCACGGCUAUUCUCACAUACUCACCAACAUUGUUCCUAAAAUGCUGCUUAGAGGUAUAAGCGAGAAAGCCCUUGAUAAGAUACUAAUAGCAAACCCUCGGCAAUGGCUAACUUUCAAAUAAGGGUUGGUUGUAAGUUCACACCUUGAACAGGAAGCUUACAGGGAGCAUUCAGCUCUUUCAAACCCACUGUGAGGUAUCAAUUAAUCAGCGCUACAUGGGACUAAUGAUGGGUCAUUUCCUUUUUAUGAGAAUUAGAAGCAUCUUGCCUUCUUAGAACCUGGCUAUCACAUCUGCGCCUUUUGGGAGUCAUGGAGCCUUACUGAGCCCUAUUGCUUUGCCUUAACAAUAUAAGCACAGAAGUGCCUACUUCCAAACAAUGAUUUACAGGCUAAAUCCCUUUAGGGAAGUUUUGUUUUGUUUUCUUAAUCUAUCAGCUGCCCUACUUGAGAAUUUAAAGUGUUUUUAGUUAAAUUACCCCCUUCUGGAGCAAUCCAAUAUUUCCUGUAAUAUUGAUGAUCCUACUAAUUACCCUGCUGUUCUUUAAUUAAUGCUUAAUGAAUAAUAUGGCACUUUAGAAUAGCUUCUUCAGCAAGGGAAGUGAAAUUUUGAGAUUUUUUUCAAUAGAGACUGUAAGACAAUUACCAAUUUACAAUGGUAAAAAUAUUGUGGAAGAUUAAUUAUAUGCUGUCCACCUAUCUAUAUAUACUUACAAUAAAUCGUGUUGCCUGUGGCUUUCUGGCACCCACUUUUGCUAUAAA